CCCUGUAUAAGAUACGUUUCAUGAAUAUACUGAGCACCAAUACAAAAGUUCUUGCGUGGAGAGGUGGGUGGUGGCGGCUCAGCCAAAGCCGUCCGUUCCCCAGCACCCGACGAAUUUGCUGCCGCCGCACGGUGCGAGCCGCGACGCACGUGACCGAGGCUCGGUCGGUCUAGAACCAUCGGAGGCGGAGUGCGAAAGCCCACGAGGCCCAGGCCACGGACGGACGGGACGGACGGCGCAGCGGCCGAGCCGAACCGGGCAUGCGGCACGCCGCCGCAUUGGGCGCUGGUGCCCCACCCCGUCGCCUCCUCCUUCCUUUCUUUCCCUGCAGAGUCAAUGCCCUGGUCAAACCUCCGCCCGAGCAUGUCUUCCUCCUGCCCCUCCUAAGCUUCCGCCCCCUCUGCUCCCCUUCCCUCCCCCCGCCGGCGCAGGCACCCGCAUUCCCCUCCCCUCCCCGCCGCAGAUCUCUCCUCCCCAACCCCGCCAUGGACGCCCCGCCCGCCUCCACCUCCGCCUCCGCCGCGGGAUCGGCGUCGGACGCCGCCGCCGAGGCCGCGCCGCGCCGCCCGGCGGGGCACCGCCGCGCGCAGUCGGAGAUCCUCCUCGGGGCCUCCGCCCUCCCGGAUGACCUCACCUUCGACGCCGACCUCGGAGUCGUCGGGGAGGGCGGGGGUAGCGGCGGCGGCGGCGACGAAGAUGACGAGGACGAGUACGAGGAGGACGAGGAAGUCGGCGGCGGCGGAAGCGGGGGCAGCCGGAUGUUCGAGAUGUUCCUCCAGGCCGGCGGCAGGCUGUCCGAGCCGCUGGACCCGUCGCCGUACCCGCAGCCGCCGCCGCCCGCGCGGCCGCGGCACCAGCACAGCAUGUCGAUGGACGGCUCCACGUCGUUCGGGUCCGCCUCCUCCGGGGUGUCGGGGAGGCACGGCGCGGACGCCAAGAAGGCCAUCUCCGACGCCAAGCUCGCCGAGCUCGCUCUCGUUGACCCCAAGCGCGCCAAGAGGAUCAUGGCAAAUCGCCAGUCAGCUGCUAGGUCAAAAGAAAGAAAGAUGCGCUACAUUGCUGAGCUUGAGAGGAAAGUACAGUGUCUUCAAACAGAAGCAACUACACUAUCAGCUCAGUUGUCCCUGUUACAGAGAGAUACCAGUGGUUUAACAAAUGAAAAUGGUGAUUUGAAGCUGCAAGUGCAAACAAUGGAGCAGCAGGUCAGGCUGCAAGAUGCACUGAACGACAGACUGAGGGACGAGGUUCAGCAGCUGAAGAUCGCAACAGGACAGCUUAACGCCAACAAUGGGAACCUGGGGAAUUUCGGCGGUCUGUCCUCGUACGGAGUCAACCCACAGAGCUACCAGCGAAGCCAGAUGCAACAACAAUCUCUUCUGGCUGCUCAGCAGCUUCAGCAGCUCCAGAUCCACUCCCAGCACCAGCAGCCCCAGAUGCACCUGCAGCAGCAACGCCUUGCCAGUGUCCGGCAGCAGCAGCAGCAGCAGUCGCAGCUGCGUCCGGAAGCACUGCCAUUUCCGGGAGACCUCAAGAUGAAAGGAAUUGCCAUGACAACCCAUGUGCAGAAUGCGGGCCCGUCCCCUUUCGAUGGGCGCGCAAGGAGCGAGCCGUGAGAAGCGGCGCAGGUAGGGUACAUGUCAGUUGCCAGUAAUAAUAGACUUGCGUUGUACUCGUGCCUGAGUCGAGUCGAGUGGCUCAUGCGUAGGCUAGUGCAGUGUGUAGGUAGGUGCCUAGAUGUCUGCAGCAGUCCUCUAGAAUGUCGACCCCAUUCAGUCGCAAGCUUGUUGCAGAACUGAUGAAAGCAGAGUGUGAGUACUUUUUACCAGCCGGAGUGUUCCAUCUGGAAUUAACCAUAAAAAGUUAAGUUGGCGUCCGAAACCUUUCUCGAAUAUGGUGCUAAUGCAGAGUGAGAGACUGAUAGAUGAAGCUGAACCAUGUCGGCUUGGCGUCUGUGCCAGCCAGAGCAAAUAAAAUGCUUGGUGGAAACAAUUUCUAUUC